AUGAAUGAGCCCGGAGAUCUAGAUAACCUACUCAGCAAACUUUGUCGAGCAGCUGGGAACUUCAAGCGAGACCCUUGUGACCUUUACCGGCUGGCCGCCUUGAAAGCUGCUCGCAAAAUAGUCCAAGCACUUGAAACACCACAGGAGGGAAGUUUACUCAGAGGGCUUUCUCCCGUUCGAAUCCUCUGUGUCAGGGUUGCUGUUGAUCUGGACAUAUUCAACACCCUCACGGAGAGGAAUAGACCUGCCAGCUUGAAGGAGCUGGCUGGUGUCAAGAACGCCGACCCAGCGUUCGCAGCAGAGCGAGUCCUGCGUGUCCUCACGGGGCUCGGUUACAUUAUCGAGCAUGAAGUUAGGGAAUACGCUGCCAACGCGAUGACUCGGUAUAUGAGUGAUCCAGGCGCUGUUGCCGUGCUUAAGUUUCAGUACGUCCUCAUCGUUCACGAUCUUUCCAAGCCUCAUGUCUCUAUUAACCCUAUGUCUAUAAGGUUCGACGUCUGUAUGCCUCUAUACUCCAAAGCGCCCGAAUAUUUUCGUGAAAGAGGCUUCCAAACUCCUCUUGAGUCGAAUCAAGGCCUAUUUCAAUACGUCGAGAACACCGAGGAGUCAAUGUGGAGUUUGAUGUCUAAAAAGCACGAGGAAACGGAUGAAUUCUACAUUCAUAUGUUGACGUGGCUGGUGGACGAGGACAUGAUCUGGAAUAUUAGUACGCCAGGUCGUCUCAUUUUCGAAGACUUGCCACAUGUCCUGGAUGGUUGGAAUCCCAGCUCUGGGAUUGAGUGUCAAGCAAUUGAUCUCUUUGGGCUCCAGCCUGUCCCAGGUGCACGAGCAUAUUACAUGAAAUUCGUUUUACAUGACUGGGCAGACCGCCAAUGUCACCAGAUUCUGCAACGGUUAAAAGAGGCCAUGAAGAAGGGCUACUCGAAACUUCUCAAUGAAGAAGUCAUUCUCGCCGACAUGGAGGCCGAGCCGAUCCCGUCGUUGGGAGACUGGAUGAUGCUAGCGAUUCACUGCGGCAUGGAGCGAACCCAGUCUCAUUGGGAGAGGCUGUUGACUGUGGCUGGAUGUCGAGUCAUGAAGUUUUGGAAACCCCCUAGUCCAGGGCAACAAAGUAUUAUCGAGGCGGAGCUGGCGUAG